AUGCCCAGUAGAGCAAAGAGUCGUUUGGAAAAAGGAAGUGGACUGAUCAAAGCAAAAACAGACGCAACUGGUAGAAUAAAAGGCCAAGCACAGGGAUUCGCAUUAGUGGGACGAGUGGAAGUAUUACACCCUGUUCUAUGUGUAAUAAACUCCACAAGGGUGAAUGCUUGCUCGGGAAGAACGUGUGCUUUAGGUGUGCAUGAGGCGGAGCUAGAUCCGAAUGUGAUAGCAGGUAUUCUGUUAAUAUCCAAUGUGCCUGUUUAUGUACUUUUUGAUUCUGGGGCUACCAAUUCUUUUAUAUCUGCAUCCUUCGUCGCUAGGUCCAACUUUGCAUGUGCUAGAAUGGAUAAUGAAUUAGAGGUUAGCAUCCCGUCAGGAAAAACUCUUUGCACAAACCAGAUGACAAAAUCUAUAAAGUUAGAGAUUGAUGGAAAAAUAUUGGAAGCAGACUUAUACCUCUUGGAAAUGAAAGAUUUCGAUGUUAUUUUAGGCAUGGAUUGGUUAGGACUUAAUCAUGUAACCAUUCGAUGUCAUGAAAAAGAAGUGCAAUUUCAUAGACCAGGAGAGGAAGAGUUCCGUUUCGUUGGAGCAAAGUUCAAAUCCCUACCUCGUCUUAUAUCAGCUAUACAAGCGAAGAAGAUGUUGAGGAAAAAGUCAUGCCAGGGAUUCUUAGUUAACAUUAUUGAAGAUUUGCCAGGCAUUCCACCAGGUAGGCAAAUGGAAUUUACAAUUGAUUUGACCUCUGGAGCAGCACCAGUAUCCAAGGCCCCGUACAGAAUGGCACCGAAGGACUUCAAGAAUUGA